GACAGAUUUUGGGAUGGUGUCUUCACGGAACUUGACUUCAGCGCGAAGACCUUCAUUCUCAACAUCAAUCAACCUAUCAAGUCUCAGAACUCUUGAUCGUCAACUCACUCUCACAUAAGCUUCAACAGAUCCAAUUCGCCUUUGAAACUCGCAAGUUGUAAAUUAUUAUUUUCAGCUCAGAUCGAAGACCUGGACUAUUCAACUAACUGCCGACGGGUAUGGAAGACGACUCGUUUAUCAAACAAUCUCUCACUGAUACACUCAAGAAUGGAAGUAUUCAACGAUCAUCGAGCAAUAAAAGUUUAACUCGACCUAAGCGUAUCUUGAACGUUAAAGAACUUACAUCACGAAAAACAAAGGCGGAUGAAGACACGGGUGGAAUCUUGAAAGCCCUGGGACUUACACCGACGCCUCGUAGGAUAGCGAAUCGUGCGACGUUUGAUAAUGAUGAUGGUGGAGACUGGGAACAAGUCGAUAAUGAUCGAAGCUGUUAUGAUGAAUUUGGAUCAAAGGGUACAUCCACUCCCAAAGCGACACCACUUCCUACAGGACCAGAAGAGUUUUUAAAGAAUUCAUCACCUACUGGUCACUUCAAUCAAGGAUCUGGAUCUGGCAAUGCUCGACAUAGUUCUCUCAAAGCGGAUAACGAAACUAUUACAUCUUUACGUAACAAGUUAUCUGAAAGUGAAAAGGCCAAAGAAGAGCUUUUAUCAAAGUGUCGAAGAUUAGAACGUGAAUUGAAUGAAGUUAAAGAUUCAAAGACUAGACCAGAAGGUAAAACACUUGCUGCUCGGGAGUAUGAAGAAUUAGAGAAGCAAUUUGAUGCACAAGAAAAGUUACUCAGUGGAUAUCAACGUGAAAAUGAAAGAUCAUUAAUAGAACUUGAAUCAGUCAAAGUCAAAUCCUUAAAGAUGGCCACUUUUUUAAACAAAGUUUAUGGACCAGAUUGGGAAGACACAAUCGGAUUAAAUGAUCCAUCUCCCACUUCAAACAUUAAUCAAAACACCUCACAUACUUGUACACUCACACCAUUACCUACGACUCCUGCAGAAAAAUUUACCACUCAAUUAGCUCAAGUCCAAUUAUUGGUUCAAGGUAUGGAAAGAAGACUUGUAGCACGACAAGGUGAAUUAGAAAGUUUAUCUCAAGUAGCUAAAAAAGAUAGUGAUGAAUUACACCAAACGAUUUCCAAAAUAGAUUUGAAUCAAAAGAUUACGGUCUGAUAACUUGGCUCUUGACCUUUUCCUUUCCUUCCAAGGAUCAUCUUUGUCAUUUAUCUUUAGCAUGUAUAAAGAGCACUCUUACUUUCUUUUUCCAUAUCUUAGGUUGAUUUUUUUUAUUUUGUACAUUUUAUUUUUAUUGAUCUUGGAUUUCAUAUGAUGAGAAGUUAAUCAAACCGAUGGCUCGAUCUUCUAAAGCUCAGGUUGGACAGUUUAUAGCAAUUCAAAGUCAUGAGAGAGGAUCUCUUUUCCAUU